GAACGUACAGGGGCAUACCAACCCAUUAACAUUGUAAUCAACAAAAAAAACUCAUGUCUAUUGCAACUGAUUAAGAUUAUAACAAUAAAUCCUAUAAUGGAUAUUGCUGUGCUUGUGUCUAUUGCUGUAGCUAUUGUGACUUUAAUUCUGUUGUUUCUCACUUUGGUUUCACGCAAAAAAUUUGUGAAGAAUGGAGUUGAGAUCGAAGCAACAGUACGAGGACAAGCACGAGAACAGGGUGUACGUCGAGCAGCUGGUAUACGCAAUGCUAGACGGAGGAUGCAGGCUCGAUGGCGUCGAGAAUCCGACCAAGAGGUGAAUGAUGCAUCAGAGGAAGAUGAAAACAUGGUACCCAUUGAGACAGUUGGAUUUCCAGAAGGUAAAUUGGGUGCUAAGAAGAGAGCAAAGCUUGAAGCCAAAGCUGAAAAAAAACAGCAGCGAGAGGCUCUGGAGAAAGAGAGGGAGGAGAGAAAGAAACGAGAGCAACAAGCUCAAGUGGAAUCUGAUAAGCUACGAGAAAAGGAGAAGUUGGAAGAACUGGCACGUGAUGAGGUUGAGAAAAAAGUCAGGGCGGAGAGAGAAAGACUUGAACAUGAAGAAUAUUUUAAAAUGAAAGAAGCUUUUAAAAUUGAAGAGGAGGGUUAUGAUGUUAGUGAGGAGGAGGACCAUAAAAAUCAUCUCGAAAAUUUCAUUGAUUAUUUAAAAUCUAAUAAAGUUGUUAUCUUGGAAGACCUUGCCGGGCAUUUUAACAUGAAGACCCAAAGUGUUAUCGAUAGAAUUAGGCACCUACAGGACAAUGGUCGACUUACUGGUGUUGUUGAUGAUCGGGGAAAGUUCAUCUACAUCUCCCAAGAGGAAUUGGAAAGUGUUGCCAAGUUCAUCAAGCAGCGGGGACGGGUUAGUAUCACUGAACUUGCUGAAAACUCAAACGGACUCAUUAAUCUCAAUUCAGAACAGAAAAUAUCUGCGGGUGCUACUUGAUUGCAGCUGCCAUUCUAUUGAGUUCAACAGCUGAUGAUUUCAAUUUAUAUUAUAUUAAUCAAUUUUUGUAUUAAUAAACGAUUUGUACAAAGAAUAA